AUGCCUUCGUUCAUCCUUAUUUUCAAAUCAGACCAGAAAACUCAGAAACGAGAUGUAAUAUUCAUACUUGAUGGAUCAGAUGGCACUAGGAAUGGGUUCCCGGCAAUGCGAGACUUUGUUCAGAGAGUGGUGGAGAAACUGAAUGUGGCCGAGAACCAAGACCGCGUGUCUGUGGUCCAGUUCAGCAGAGAGCCGGAGGCCAAUUUCUUUUUAAACGCUUACACGAGAAAGGAAGACAUCCUCAGCACAGUUAGAGGUCUGAGGCACAAAGGAGGAAGACCCCUUAACACUGGGGCGGCUCUCCAGUACGUCCGAGACAGCGUGCUGGUAAGCUCCGCCGGUGGCCGACGACUGGAGGGUGUGCCGCAGUUAGUCAUUCUGCUGAGUGGCGGAAGGUCCUUUGACAAUGUCGAUGCACCAGCCUCUUCCCUGAAGGAGCUCGGAGUCUCCAUCUUUGCAAUAGGCUCAAGGGGCUCCGAUAGCAGAGAACUGCAGAGGAUUUCACAUGAGCCCCAGUAUGCUCUGUCUGUGUCGGACUUUACCGAGCUCCCAGACGUCCAAGAGCAGCUUCUGUCCUCUGUAGAGACUGUGGUAGUUCCCAUCACUCCAACCUCGCCAACUCGUUUAGUUGACUAUGCCACCCCAGGAAAGGACGUGGUCUUCCUGCUUGACGGCUCUGAUGGAACUAGGAACGUGUUCCCAGCCAUGCGCGACUUUGUGCAAAGACUGGUGGAGAAAUUCAGCGUAGAGGAGAACAGGGACCGUGUUUCUGUGGUCCAGUACAGCAGAGACCCAGAGGUCCAUUUCUAUUUAAAUGCCUACACCACAAAGGAAGACAUUCUUGACAGAGUUAGAGGUCUGAGGCACAGGGGAGGGAGACCCCUCAACACAGGGUCGGCUCUCCAGUAUGUGAGAGACAAUGUUUUCACUGCCCCCGCUGGCAGUAGACGCCAAGAGGGCGUUCCUCAGAUUCUGAUUCUGCUGAGUGGAGGAAGGUCGAGCGAUAAUGUAGAUGCGCCAGCCUCUGCUCUGAAAGAAAGUGGGGUCUUGAUUUUCGGCGUCGGCACCAGAAAUUCGAGCAGAGAGAUGCAGAGCGUUUCCAACGAUCCCACUUACGCUCAGGUUGUGUCUGACUUCUCAGAACUUCCCAAUGUCCAACAGCAGUUUUUGACCUCUGUCAGCACAGUCCUCUCGGAGGUAACGCCGCUGACCACGACAGUCAGAGUUCCCAUGGCUGACCGGAGAGAGACCAGGAAGGAUGUAGUUUUCCUGCUGGACGGCUCCGAUGCCACCAGGAGUGCCUUCCCAGCAAUGCGUGAAUUUGUUCAAAGAGUGGUGGAGAGGUUGAAUGUUUCAGAGAGGGGAGAUCGCGUGUCAGUGGUCCAGUUCAGCAGAGAUCCAGUGUCUCACUUUUACUUGAACACAUACAGGAAACAGGAGGAAAUUCUAAGCCAUGUCACAGGUUUGAGGCACAAAGGAGGAAGGCCCCUCAACACGGGGGCAGCCCUCCAGUACGUUAGGGACAACGUCUUCACUGCCUCCUCCGGCAGCAGGCGCCUGGAGGGUGUGCCACAGAUGUUGAUUCUGCUGAGUGGCGGAAGGUCAUUUGACAGUGUGGAGGCACCAGUCACCUCCCUGAAGGAGCUUGGUGUCCUGAUCUUUGCUAUAGGAUCAAGGGGUUCUGAUGGCAGAGAGCUGCAAAGGGUUGCACAUGACCCUAGUUACGCACUGUCAGUGGCUGACUUUGCCGACCUGCCCAAUGUCCAAGAGCAGCUUCUUUCUGCCGUCAAGACGGUAGUGGUAGAGGCCAUCCCGACAAGUACUUCGACAGCCAUAGUUGAGGGUCGUGCGGCAGGGAGGGAUGUUGUGUUCCUGCUGGAUGGAUCAGAUGGCACUAGGAAUGGGUUCCCGGCAAUGCGAGACUUUGUUCAGAGAGUGGUGGAGAAACUGAAUGUGGCCGAGAACCAAGACCGCGUGUCUGUGGUCCAGUUCAGCAGAGAGCCGGAGGCCAAUUUCUUUUUAAACGCUUACACGAGAAAGGAAGACAUCCUCAGCACAGUUAGAGGUCUGAGGCACAAAGGAGGAAGACCCCUUAACACUGGGGUGGCUCUCCAGUACGUCCGAGACAGCGUGCUGGUAAGCUCCGCCGGUGGCCGACGACUGGAGGGUGUGCCGCAGUUAGUCAUUCUGCUGAGUGGCGGAAGGUCCUUUGACAAUGUCGAUGCACCAGCCUCUUCCCUGAAGGAGCUCGGAGUCUCCAUCUUUGCAAUAGGCUCAAGGGGCUCUGAUAGCAGAGAACUGCAGAGGAUUUCACAUGAGCCCCAGUAUGCUCUGUCUGUGUCGGACUUUACCGAGCUCCCAGACGUCCAAGAGCAGCUUCUGUCCUCUGUAGAGACUGUGGUAGUUCCCAUCACUCCAACCUCGCCAACUCGUUUAGGAAAGGACGUGGUCUUCCUGCUUGACGGCUCUGAUGGAACUAGGAACGUGUUCCCAGCCAUGCGCGACUUUGUGCAAAGACUGGUGGAGAAAUUCAGCGUAGAGGAGAACAGGGACCGUGUUUCUGUGGUCCAGUACAGCAGAGACCCAGAGGUCCAUUUCUAUUUAAAUGCCUACACCACAAAGGAAGACAUUCUUGACAGAGUUAGAGGUCUGAGGCACAGGGGAGGGAGACCCCUCAACACAGGGUCGGCUCUCCAGUAUGUGAGAGACAAUGUUUUCACUGCCCCCGCUGGCAGUAGACGCCAAGAGGGCGUUCCUCAGAUUCUGAUUCUGCUGAGUGGAGGAAGGUCGAGCGAUAAUGUAGAUGCGCCAGCCUCUGCUCUGAAAGAAAGUGGGGUCUUGAUUUUCGGCGUCGGCACCAGAAAUUCGAGCAGAGAGAUGCAGAGCGUUUCCAACGAUCCCACUUACGCUCAGGUUGUGUCUGACUUCUCAGAACUUCCCAAUGUCCAACAGCAGUUUUUGACCUCUGUCAGCACAGUCCUCUCGGAGGUAACGCCGCUGACCACGACAGUCAGAGGUAAGGCAGAUUUCCGCACGAAGGAUGUAGUUUUCCUGCUGGACGGCUCCGAUGCCACCAGGAGUGCCUUCCCAGCAAUGCGUGAAUUUGUUCAAAGAGUGGUGGAGAGGUUGAAUGUUUCAGAGAGGGGAGAUCGCGUGUCAGUGGUCCAGUUCAGCAGAGACCCAGAGACCCAAUUCUAUCUGAACACGCACACAACAAGAGAGGACGUUCUUGACAAUGUGAGAGGUCUGAGGCACAAAGGAGGAAGGCCCCUCAACACGGGGGCAGCCCUCCAGUACGUUAGGGACAACGUCUUCACUGCCUCCUCCGGCAGCAGGCGCCUGGAGGGUGUGCCACAGAUGUUGAUUCUGCUGAGUGGCGGAAGGUCAUUUGACAGUGUGGAGGCACCAGUCACCUCCCUGAAGGAGCUUGGUGUCCUGAUCUUUGCUAUAGGAUCAAGGGGUUCUGAUGGCAGAGAGCUGCAAAGGGUUGCACAUGACCCUAGUUACGCACUGUCAGUGGCUGACUUUGCCGACCUGCCCAAUGUCCAAGAGCAGCUUCUUUCUGCCGUCAAGACGGUAGUGGUAGAGGCCAUCCCGACAAGUACUUCGACAGCCAUAGGGAGGGAUGUUGUGUUCCUGCUGGAUGGAUCAGAUGGCACUAGGAAUGGGUUCCCGGCAAUGCGAGACUUUGUUCAGAGAGUGGUGGAGAAACUGAAUGUGGCCGAGAACCAAGACCGCGUGUCUGUGGUCCAGUUCAGCAGAGAGCCGGAGGCCAAUUUCUUUUUAAACGCUUACACGAGAAAGGAAGACAUCCUCAGCACAGUUAGAGGUCUGAGGCACAAAGGAGGAAGACCCCUUAACACUGGGGUGGCUCUCCAGUACGUCCGAGACAGCGUGCUGGUAAGCUCCGCCGGUGGCCGACGACUGGAGGGUGUGCCGCAGUUAGUCAUUCUGCUGAGUGGCGGAAGGUCCUUUGACAAUGUCGAUGCACCAGCCUCUUCCCUGAAGGAGCUCGGAGUCUCCAUCUUUGCAAUAGGCUCAAGGGGCUCUGAUAGCAGAGAACUGCAGAGGAUUUCACAUGAGCCCCAGUAUGCUCUGUCUGUGUCGGACUUUACCGAGCUCCCAGACGUCCAAGAGCAGCUUCUGUCCUCUGUAGAGACUGUGGUAGUUCCCAUCACUCCAACCUCGCCAACUCGUUUAGUUGACUAUGCCACUCCCGGAAAGGACGUGGUCUUCCUGCUUGACGGCUCUGAUGGAACUAGGAACGUGUUCCCAGCCAUGCGCGACUUUGUGCAAAGACUGGUGGAGAAAUUCAGCGUAGAGGAGAACAGGGACCGUGUUUCUGUGGUCCAGUACAGCAGAGACCCAGAGGUCCAUUUCUAUUUAAAUGCCUACACCACAAAGGAAGACAUUCUUGACAGAGUUAGAGGUCUGAGGCACAGGGGAGGGAGACCCCUCAACACAGGGUCGGCUCUCCAGUAUGUGAGAGACAAUGUUUUCACUGCCCCCGCUGGCAGUAGACGCCAAGAGGGCGUUCCUCAGAUUCUGAUUCUGCUGAGUGGAGGAAGGUCGAGCGAUAAUGUAGAUGCGCCAGCCUCUGCUCUGAAAGAAAGUGGGGUCUUGAUUUUCGGCGUCGGCACCAGAAAUUCGAGCAGAGAGAUGCAGAGCGUUUCCAACGAUCCCACUUACGCUCAGGUUGUGUCUGACUUCUCAGAACUUCCCAAUGUCCAACAGCAGUUUUUGACCUCUGUCAGCACAGUCCUCUCGGAGGUAACGCCGCUGACCACGACAGUCAGAGGUAAGGCAGAUUUCCGCACAGAGACCAGGAAGGAUGUAGUUUUCCUGCUGGACGGCUCCGAGGCCACCAGGAGUGCCUUCCCAGCAAUGCGUGAAUUUGUUCAAAGAGUGGUGGAGAGGUUGAAUGUUUCAGAGAGGGGAGAUCGCGUGUCAGUGGUCCAGUUCAGCAGAGACCCAGAGACCCAAUUCUAUCUGAACACGCACACAACAAGAGAGGACGUUCUUGACAAUGUGAGAGGUCUGAGGCACAAAGGAGGAAGGCCCCUCAACACGGGGGCAGCCCUCCAGUACGUUAGGGACAACGUCUUCACUGCCUCCUCCGGCAGCAGGCGCCUGGAGGGUGUGCCACAGAUGUUGAUUCUGCUGAGUGGCGGAAGGUCAUUUGACAGUGUGGAGGCACCAGUCACCUCCCUGAAGGAGCUUGGUGUCCUGAUCUUUGCUAUAGGAUCAAGGGGUUCUGAUGGCAGAGAGCUGCAAAGGGUUGCACAUGACCCUAGUUACGCACUGUCAGUGGCUGACUUUGCCGACCUGCCCAAUGUCCAAGAGCAGCUUCUUUCUGCCGUCAAGACGGUAGUGGUAGAGGCCAUCCCGACAAGUACUUCGACAGCCAUAGUUGAGGGUCGUGCGGCAGGGAGGGAUGUUGUGUUCCUGCUGGAUGGAUCAGAUGGCACUAGGAAUGGGUUCCCGGCAAUGCGAGACUUUGUUCAGAGAGUGGUGGAGAAACUGAAUGUGGCCGAGAACCAAGACCGCGUGUCUGUGGUCCAGUUCAGCAGAGAGCCGGAGGCCAAUUUCUUUUUAAACGCUUACACGAGAAAGGAAGACAUCCUCAGCACAGUUAGAGGUCUGAGGCACAAAGGAGGAAGACCCCUUAACACUGGGGCGGCUCUCCAGUACGUCCGAGACAGCGUGCUGGUAAGCUCCGCCGGUGGCCGACGACUGGAGGGUGUGCCGCAGUUAGUCAUUCUGCUGAGUGGCGGAAGGUCCUUUGACAAUGUCGAUGCACCAGCCUCUUCCCUGAAGGAGCUCGGAGUCUCCAUCUUUGCAAUAGGCUCAAGGGGCUCUGAUAGCAGAGAACUGCAGAGGAUUUCACAUGAGCCCCAGUAUGCUCUGUCUGUGUCGGACUUUACCGAGCUCCCAGACGUCCAAGAGCAGCUUCUGUCCUCUGUAGAGACUGUGGUAGUUCCCAUCACUCCAACCUCGCCAACUCGUUUAGUUGACUAUGCCACUCCAGGAAAGGACGUGGUCUUCCUGCUUGACGGCUCUGAUGGAACUAGGAACGUGUUCCCAGCCAUGCGCGACUUUGUGCAAAGACUGGUGGAGAAAUUCAGCGUAGAGGAGAACAGGGACCGUGUUUCUGUGGUCCAGUACAGCAGAGACCCAGAGGUCCAUUUCUAUUUAAAUGCCUACACCACAAAGGAAGACAUUCUUGACAGAGUUAGAGGUCUGAGGCACAGGGGAGGGAGACCCCUCAACACAGGGUCGGCUCUCCAGUAUGUGAGAGACAAUGUUUUCACUGCCCCCGCUGGCAGUAGACGCCAAGAGGGCGUUCCUCAGAUUCUGAUUCUGCUGAGUGGAGGAAGGUCGAGCGAUAAUGUAGAUGCGCCAGCCUCUGCUCUGAAAGAAAGUGGGGUCUUGAUUUUCGGCGUCGGCACCAGAAAUUCGAGCAGAGAGAUGCAGAGCGUUUCCAACGAUCCCACUUACGCUCAGGUUGUGUCUGACUUCUCAGAACUUCCCAAUGUCCAACAGCAGUUUUUGACCUCUGUCAGCACAGUCCUUUCGGAGGUAACGCCGCUGACCACGACAGUCAGAGAGACCAGGAAGGAUGUAGUUUUCCUGCUGGACGGCUCCGAUGCCACCAGGAGUGCCUUCCCAGCAAUGCGUGAAUUUGUUCAAAGAGUGGUGGAGAGGUUGAAUGUUUCAGAGAGGGGAGAUCGCGUGUCAGUGGUCCAGUUCAGCAGAGAUCCAGUGUCUCACUUUUACUUGAACACAUACAGGAAACAGGAGGAAAUUCUAAGCCAUGUCACAGGUUUGAGGCACAAAGGAGGAAGGCCCCUCAACACGGGGGCAGCCCUCCAGUACGUUAGGGACAACGUCUUCACUGCCUCCUCCGGCAGCAGGCGCCUGGAGGGUGUGCCACAGAUGUUGAUUCUGCUGAGUGGCGGAAGGUCAUUUGACAGUGUGGAGGCACCAGUCACCUCCCUGAAGGAGCUUGGUGUCCUGAUCUUUGCUAUAGGAUCAAGGGGUUCUGAUGGCAGAGAGCUGCAAAGGGUUGCACAUGACCCUAGUUACGCACUGUCAGUGGCUGACUUUGCCGACCUGCCCAAUGUCCAAGAGCAGCUUCUUUCUGCCGUCAAGACGGUAGUGGUAGAGGCCAUCCCGACAAGUACUUCGACAGCCAUAGGUAAGACAGAGAGCACUGGCAUGCACAAGCCCUGA